AUGCCUCUCUUCGCCCUCGAAAUUCGCGCCCAAUUGGAGAACGUCACAGCCCUUCGUCCGGCAAGUGACGAUUACACGUUAAUGGUAAGAACGAAGUGCAAUUCAUGUCAUGAGGAGCACCCCAAGCUGGUAGGCAUCACGCCUGGCUCUGAGAUUGAGAUGAAGGGAGGACGAGGGACGGCUGAUUUUGUGAUGAGCUGCAGUUUUUGCAAGAGGGAGUCAUCAGCCACCUUCCCUCAGCCCACCAGUAAAGCCCCGCUCUGGCGUCCCUACUCUCCCUCACCCGACUCCGGCCCCGUCUGGGCACCCAUCUGCACCCUCGACGUGCGCGGAAUGGACAUCAUCGGCUUUGAGCCAGAGGGCAUCUGGUCAUGUCAGGGUACGGGGGAGGGUAGCAAGCUGAGCAAGUUUGACGAGGUGGAGUUCGAUGGAGGCGAAUGGACAGAUUAUGACGAGAAGUCGGGGGAGCCCGUGAGCAUUAUGGAGCUGGAGGGGAGGUGGGUCCGGGCGUAG